CUGGCGGUAUUUUGACAACAUAAAUUAAAUGAACUAGCUAGCCAGUCGUGAAGUUGACAGCUGUAUGAUAUAGUGAAAUACUAUACGUUUUAAGAAAAUAAGCCAGCUAAAUAUUUCAAAUAUGAGUUCCAACGAGGUACAACAGGAGAAUGGACAGCCACUGGACACAGAGUCAGAGGUCCAGGAUACUCCAGCACCACCUGCCAUUCCUUUCUACACAGAGUGCUCGGAGGCUGCACAGGCAGAACUGGUGAAUGAGUGUGAAGAGCAGUUUGCCCAGCUGCAGAUGCUUCAGAACGAGAUCAUUCUCGCAGAGCCAGACUCGGAUGAAAACCCACAAGAACAGUCUGUGAAUAGAUUGACAGCUGUAGCAGCUGAGCUGAAGCAGUGGCAGACAAUACAGCCAGAACUGUUGUCCACAAAUCCUGAGGUGUUACUCGCCGUUGGAGCAGAGGAGUUACAGAAGCUGAAUUCACAACUGGAGUUGGUCCUCUCCUGCUCACAAGCCAAGAGAGACACUCUGAGAGAGACUUUAAAAAAUGAACAGAAGUGGUUGGGGGAAAAGAAGGAAGUGUUGAGGGCAGGCACUGAACAUGUGGUCAAACAGCGACUGGAAAACGAAAGGUUAUCAGAACACAGUGUGUUGCAGGACACCAAGAAGAAGAUCCAGAAGAUGAAGGAUUACCAGGACAGACUGAUGGAGACCCUGGCAGAUGUACUGGAGGAACACUUCCCACUUCCUACACAAGAGACCAACGCUAACAAGAAGAAAAAGAACAUUCCUCAAGAGCUGAACGAGAAUCUAAUUUCGCUCAAUGAAAUCCUGGAGCUGCUGAUGAACAAGACUUUGGAGACGCCUCACGAUCCCUACAUAUUGACAGACGAGACGUUCUGGCCCCCGUACACAGAGAUGCUGCUGCGCUACGGCAUUGCACUGAGACACCCAGAGGACUGUUUCAAGAUCCGCCUGGAAACCUUUUAUUAACAGGAACUGGUCAGACAUUUUGGAUCCAGUUUGGUCAGCGUGUAUAGCAGCCUGAUCCCAGAUGUUUAUGUUGUCUUGCCAUCUCAUUGUCAUGCCAUCUACCAUAAGUGUUGGUUAUGCAGUACAAACAGAUCUGGGACCAGGCUUGGUGUAUAGUAAUAUCAUGAGUAUGUAUUGAGAUAGUGGCUUGAUACGUCACUGGUUUAUAGUGUUAUUUCCUGUAUGUUUCACAAUACAUUAACCUUUUGUAUGUUUUUUUAUAUGUUAAAGAUGGGAUGUUGCUCUCUCUGGCUACUGGAACACAAUGUGAUUAUGCAUACUUUGGAUAUGGGGAAACCUUAAAUUGUUAUUGUGUAUAUAUUUCCAUGUAUCAAUGUAUGUCAGAUUUGUUCUUAAUAAAAUGAAAAAUCAUAAC